AUGUCGAGCGGGCCCUCGACGCGGUGUGUUCAUGAUCUACAGCCUCAACGGCGAGCGCUGCACCAGCUCCAGCCGCCUGCUCGUGCAGCGCAGCAUCUACGACGACUUCACCGAACGCCUCGCGGCCAAGCUGCGCAACAUUCCGGUCGGCCACCCCCUCGACCCCGCCACCGUGAUCGGCCCGCUGAUCCCCUGCCACUGCGACAAGGUGCGCAGCUACAUCGAACUGGCCUCAGCCGAGGGCGCCACCGUGGUUUCCGGCACGCCCUGGGCCGACGCCCCCGCCGGGGGCAACUUCGUGGCGCCCGUGCUGUUCACCGGGGCCACCAACGACAUGCGCAUCGCCCGCGAGGAGAUCUUCGGCCCGGCGCUGACCGCCAUCGCCUUCGACGACGAGGACGACGCCGUGACCCUGGCCAACGACACCGACUACGGGCUGGCCGCCUACGUGUGGACCGGCGACGUGGGCCGGGCCCACCGAGUGGCCGACGCGGUGGAUGCGGGCAUGGUGUGGGUCAACUCCCAGAACGUGCGCCACCUGCCGACCCCGUUCGGGGGCACCAAGCGCAGCGGCAUCGGCCGCGACGGCGGCGACUGGAGCUUCGACUUCUACAUGGAGACCAAGAACGUGGCCGUCGCCUACGGCAGCCACCCCAUCCCCAAACUCGGAGGCUGAGGAUGCAGACCCAGAUGUUGAUUGACGGGCGCUGGCGGGACGGCGCCGAGCCGAGCGGAUCGAGGUUCUCGACCCGUCCACCGGCGACGGCAUCGCCGAGGUGGCCGCGGGCGGCCCGGCCGAUGCCGUCGCGCCUGCGACGCGGCCGCGGCCGCCCAGCCCGGCUGGGCCGCGACUGCGCCACUAGUCCGCUCGGAGAUCCUGCGAGACUGCCACCGGAUCCUCAUCGAGCACACCGACGAGCUGGCCGACCUGAUCACCCUCGAGCACGGCAAGCCCCGGGCCGACGCGGUGGGGGAGGUGGCCUACGCAGCCGAGUUCUUCCGCUGGAACGCCGAGGAGACGGUGCGCAUCCACGGCACGAUCAGCACCGCCCCAUCCGGCGACAAGCGCAUCAUCACCCGCCAUCCGCCGGUGGGGGUCGUGGUGAUGAUCACCCCGUGGAACUUCCCGGCCGGCGAUGA